CGGUUCUGGGCGCUGGUUCGCAGCCGGGUUCCGCCCCCGGCCCGCCCGUGCCCGCCCCGCCGGCGUGGCUCCGCGGCCGCGCAUUGUGCGCCGUGCGCUGCCCGGGCGGAGCUCCGUGAGGGGUCGCGGCCACUCAGCGCCCCCGACCCGCCGGGCCGGGCCGGGCCGGGCCUCGCCGCCUGCUCUGCCCUCAGGGGCGCGAAUUUACCUGGAAAUUGUACUGCCUGUGGCUCAGAGCAGUUGGGGAUGAGCUGGAUGAGCUUGGAUUUUGUGGCAGCUUCAGGGUCCAAAAGCCUCUGUAGUCCUGUUUGUGUCCGUGCUGGUCAGGAGGUCUCUAAAGCUACAGAAUUCCUGAAGAGGUGACUUUUUUGCAAGGGCCUGACUCUUUUCAACCAGUUUGUGUUGCCUGUCAAGAAUUUCCAUGUUGACUCUGGGAAACCUGCUGCAGAGUCUCCCCUGUUUGCUAUUCAGUCCUGUUUACUUCUCCCUUUAGCAGGUUGAAGUUCAUGAGUUCGCCCAGCCUCAGUGACCUGGGCAAGAGAGAGCAGGCAGCCUUGGACGAGCGGGGGACGCAGCAGCGCCGGGCCUGCUCCAACGCCGCCUGGAACAGCAUCCACAAUGGAGUGAUAGCGGUGUUCCAGCGCAAGGGUCUGCCAGACCAUGAGCUCUACAACCUCAAUGAAGGAGUCAGGCAAUUACUGAAAACAGAACUGGGAUCAUUUUUCACUGAGUAUCUGCAGAAUCAGCUGCUCACAAAAGGCAUGGUGAUCCUAAGGGACAAGAUCUGGUUUUAUGAAGGGCAGAAGCUACUGGAUACCUUAGCUGAAACCUGGGAUUUUUUCUUCAGUGAUGUCCUGCCCAUGCUGCAGGCUAUUUUCUAUCCUGUGCAGGGAAAGGAGCCCUCUGUUCGGCAGUUGGCUCUUCUGCACUUUAGGAAUAUAAUCACCCUCAAUAUCAAAUUGGAGGAUGCAUUAUCCCGUUCCAGAGCCAGAGUUCCACCCUCUAUUAUUCAGAUGCUGCUCAUACUUCAGGGGGUCCAUGAGUCCAAAGGUGUGUCUGAAGAUUAUUUGAAGCUGGAAUCCCUGCUCCAGAAGGUUGUUUCUCCUUACCUGGGCACGUACGGGCUGUACUCCAGCGAGGGACCCUUCACGCACUCUGCCUGUAUCCUGGAGAAGCGGUUCUUCAGGCGCUCCAGGUCGGGGGAGAUCCUGGCCAAGAACCCCGUGGUGCGCUCCAAGAGCUACAACAACCCGCUGCUGACGCCCGUGGCCGAGUACGACAGCGAGAGCGCGGCCGCCAACGGGGCGGGCAUCCGCAGGCACUCGGUGUCGGAAAUGACCUCCUGCCUGCAGCUCCAGGGCUACCCCGGCCUCGCUCCCAUCACGGACAGCGGCUCCAGGGGCUCCAUGAAAGGCUCGCUGCCCGGAGAGCAGGAGAGGCCCGGCGCCGCGCCGGGGCAGUGCUCCAGCAAACUGGGCACGGCCGAGCCCCAGAAGGGACUCUUCCGCUCUACUGGCGACCCACACAGCGCUUUGGAACUGGACACAGACACUGCCUUACUGCCAGCUCCCUCCUCCAGCCCUGAGAACAUGGUGGAUCAGAUCUUGGAGUCCAUUGACUCUGACUCUGAAGGCAUCUUCAUUGAUUUUGGCCGAGGCUGUUCCAGUUCAUCGGCGUACAAUGUGGAUGUGAACAGGCAGAGCAUUGUGUGAAGGAUGUUAGGAGACAAACUCUGGAGUUCAAUGAUAUAUGACAGUUACCAAGACAGUGUGUUGGACUGUGGUCAAUACAGCCCCACAAACUGUGGGGUCUAAUGAUUCAUGACAGUUACUGAGAGGGUGUAUUGGACUGUGGGCAAUACAGCCCCACAAACUGUGGGAUUUAAUGAUACAUGACGGUUACUGUGACACUGUGUUGGACUGUGAGCAAGCUGUCUGUGCCUGGGCAGAUUUCAGGCAGAUUUGCCAGGGCAUCAUGGCUGUACUGAACACACACAGUUUGGUUAUAGCAGGUGGGAAUCUGCUGAGGGGGAAGCAACUCCAACUGCCUUUCCCCACGCCUGGCACCCUGCAGAUGGAUUUCCUGUUUCUUUAUAAACCUAGGGGAUCACAAACUCACAAGUGUCUGGUAAAAUGCUGUUAGUGCAGCUGGCAGUGAUUGUUUAGGAAAACAGCUCAGCAAUAGUUCUGCUCACUUCUGAUUUUCUAAAGAGGUUUCCUGCAGAUGGUAGGUUGUUCUCUGAAGUGAAGCACCUCAGCAAGAGGAGAAACAGCUCCUUUAAAAACAAACAAACAAAUACAAAAGGCUUUUGGCUUUCAUGCCACAGAAUACAAUAAUGAAGAAGUCUCUUUUAAUCUUUUUCUUGUACAUCCUUGUAUGUACUCCUUUGCCUAAUGGUGACUUGGAGUUCUUGAAGAAAGGCAAAUAAACAGAAAUUUGCUUCCUGAUGUCACACAAUGCCCAGUGUCUCCUUUUCUGUUUCAUUGUGUGCUCAGCCAGUACCUUGUGUCUGGGAGGAUUGUCUCAAAAUUGGCUUCCCAGACCAAAAUUCAUUUGCUCUGAAUGUGGCACUUGGAGAAAUCUGUACUGUCAGCUCCUGAAGCAUCUGUUGUGUAGAGAGAUUCCACAAUGUUUCAACUUCCUUGUUUCCUAAAUAAGUGAAAAUCUGGCCUCUGAGGAAAAUCCUUAGUAUAUAUUUAUAUUCUUACUGAAAUGCCAUAAUGCAUCUGCUGUCAGUGACGGUUUUGGGAAGUGCGAACCUUGCAGCUCUCCUUAUCCUGAGCACACCCAGCCCUUGGAUUCUCUCUUGCGGUAACACAGUGGGUAAGAGCUGGAUCAGUGGUUUUGCAGAGGAUUGGUGCAUGUGAUCCCAAGGUGGAGCAGAAAUCCUGCUGCACAUCCAGGUUUGAGCAGGGGUUUGCAGUGAAGGCAGCUCUGUUUUGUGUCUGUGCUUUGGUGGAAGGAGUCAGUCGAUGCCUCCUGAGCUGGAUGCCAUCAUGAGCCUUCACUCACAGGGAACUCUUGGAAAGCACAGGAGAGAGUGGAACUCCUGCUGAAAUUGGCUCCAGUACAUGACAGGAGCGAUGAUUCCCAAAAGUGACCUAGAGUGGUGCAAGCCACCACGCUGGCACUAUCAGUCCCUACCCUCGUUCUUUCUGACAAACACUGCUCUGUCUCCUAAAUUAUUUUUGUAUUUGGAGAAAAGGAGUGUCCACAGCCUUGUUCUAAGCACAGUGCAGGGAGGAAAAGGUAAGAUUCAAACCCUUCCAUAAAAAUAUUACAUAACCCCAAAGGUAACAAAUACAGUCCCUCCACACACCUUCAUCCCUCAAGGAACUUUGAAAUGCUUUAAGAGUCAUGAGCAUACCUAAUUACUGGGGAACGGUUAAGCACAGGUCCAAUGGAGGAGAGAAGAGACUGCCAGGACCCUUCCCACUGCAGGUUUUGUGUGCUUAGUGCCUUCUGCUCUGAUGGAAGGCCUUGGUACACAGGAUUGCUCUGAUGGAAUCCUCUGCCAUGCUGGCAGUUAACGGGCUUUUCCCACCUUGCACACAUGGAGAUAGUGAAUAAACAUCCUUCUCUGUUUGUUUUAGAAGAUUAUUUACAGACUGGGUUCAGGAGUGUGAAUGCAUGAGAGAAAUUCUCCUAUGGCAAAGGCAUAGGAAAAGGUGAGAAAGGCAAGAAAAAAGGAAUAAAAAAGGCAGGAAGAAAGGGGGAGAAAAGCCAGAAAAAAGGUAAGAAGAAAGGCAUGAAAACAGGCAAGAAAAGGAAUAAAAAAGGCAAGAAGAAAGGCAAGAAAGAGGAAAGAAAUGCAAGAAAAGAGGCAGGAAAAAAAGCAAGGAGAAAGGCAAUUAAGACAAGAAAAAAGGGGAAAAAAGGGAAAAAAGCAAAAAAAAAACGCAAGAAAAGGGCAAGAAGAAAUGCCAAAAAAGGCAAGGAGCAAAGCCAAAAACAGGCCAAGAAAAGGGGAAAAAAGGCAAGAAAGGCAGGAAAAGAGGCAAGAAAAAAGAGGAAAAAAAAGACAGGAAAAAGGGCAAAAAGACCGCAAGAAAAAAGGCAAGAAAGGCCAGAAAAAAUGGCAAGAAAAAAGGGAAUAAAGGCAAGAAGAAAGGGCAAAAAGAAAGCCCAAAGAAAGGGCAAAAAAGCCCAAAAAAGGCAAAAAGAAAGCCCAAAAAAAGGGCAAAAAGAAAGCCCAAAAAAAGGGCAAAAAGGGCAAAAAGAAAGCCCAAAAAAAGGGCAAAAAAGGCAAAAAGAAAGCCCAUAAAAAAGACCAAAAAAGGCAAAAAGAAAGGCCAAAAACUGGCCGAAAAAGACAGGGGAAAAUGCCCAAAAAUGGCCAAAAAAGUCAGGCAGAAAUGCCAAAAAUGGCCAAAGAAGGCAGGCAGGCAGGCCCAAAAAACCAAGAAAGACCAGCCAGAAAGGCCAGAAAAACAGGAGAGAAAGGCCAGGCAGCAAGCAAAGAAAAAGGAGGGAAGGAAGGGAUGGCACUGUCCCGUGUGCGAUCGGUGCAAUUAUCAAUUCCAGGCUGUGGCUGUAAAACACCCCUGAGGUGCCGUGGAGCUCCAUGCCUGGAGGUGAGGUGGGACGUUCACACGCAGUCAUUUCCAGCCAUCAGUGAGUGCAGAUAGCAGCAAACACAUCCAAAGCACACAGAGCAGGAGCUCUUAGAGGAGAAACCCCAGAUCCUGACGGCAAAAUGCUGUGAAGGCUGAAUGCUGCAGUGUGUGCUUCCUGCUUGCUCUGGGGCUGAUCUCUGCUCAUUGCUGGAUUUUGUUUUACCUGGAAGGGCUCAGGGCAGGCCUGACCACCAGAGUCACUUGUGCCUGCACAGGGACACCUGCUGUGCUUUAUGGGCUGUUCGUGUGUUACUCUCCCAUUCUUUCUGUGCAAGAGCUUUUUAGUGCUGCUUUUUCAGGCACCCUGU